AUGGGGCUGGACGAUAAGGCUGCGAUCAGGCGCCUGAAGAACAGGGAGGCCGCCAAGCGUGUGCGCGAGCGCCGUGUGAAUGCGAUCAAGACGCUUAGCGAUCAGGUCGACAUCCUCACCGCCGACAACGAGCGCCUGCGCACGGCCCUGGCGGCGCUCAGCGCCGGCCAGGCCCCUCUGGCGCCGCUGGAGGACCUGCUGCAGGCGCCGCCAGACCUGCCGUCAGAGGCCACGGAUGUAAUCAAUAAGAUCCGGCUGACGGACGACAAGGAGGGGGUGCGGACGGCGGUGGCGGCCGUGGCGGGGGCGCCUGGCCACCCUGCAGCUGCUGGUCCUUCGACCCCAUCCGCGGCCAGCGGCCCCUCGUCGAGCACCAAGGCCUGCGGCACCCAGACAGACCCCGUAGAGCCCCCGCGGCCCCGGCCGACCGAGCUCAUCCGCAGCCUGAUGACGUCACUGCAGCAGCAGCACAGGGACAUGAUGGCCACGCCCGGGGUGGUGCCGGCCUCCACGAUGGAGCAGCUGCAGGCGAUGAUGGAGCUGCAGCUGUGCGUGCAGCAGUCUAUGGCGGCGCUGAUGUCACAGCAGCAGGCCGCCAUGCAGCAGCAGGUCAUGCUCGCAGCGGCGGGGCCGCAGGCGGCAGCAGUCGCGGCCCAGCAGCCGCAGCAGCAGCGAGGGGGCUCGGCGGCGUCCCCGGGGGGCUCUGGGGGGCAGCAGCAGGCGGCAUCGGUGCAGCUGGCGCAGCAACAGCAACUCCAGCAGCAGCAGCAACUUCAGCAGCAGCAGCAACUCCAGCAACAGCAGCAGCUGGAGUUGCAACUCCAGCAGCAGCAACAGCAGCAGCAGCUGCAGCAGCAACAACAGCAGCAGCUGCAACAGCAGCAGCAACAGCAGCAGCAGGUGGCGCAGCUUCAGCAGGCGGCACAGCAGCAGCAAGCAAUGGCCAUGCUGCAGCUGGCAGCGAUGGGCGUCGGUGGCAUGCAGGGGAUGCUGCCGGCCCGCCACCAAACGCGUGGCCGGGCCAUCUAA